AUGCCAUUUGGGCUCAGUUCAAAAAUUCAACAUUUUCAAAAUGACUCUAUCAAGCCAACAGAUGCUGAUGAAUUGUUUGGUAUUGAGCAUUUACCACCAAUAGUUGAUAAUUACUGGGAGGACCAGAGCCAAUAUGAACUUGGACUAUUUGCAGUCCGUCGUCUGGAUGUUUUUCCAGAGGCAUCCGCUUCAAGUGUUCCUGGGCCCAGUGAUAUUGAGGGUUCGCCCAGAGAAAGAAAAAAUUUCCGUAGGGAAAAACUUAGGGGCUCCGUGCAGUCUCAAGAGCGAACCAAAUAUGUCGGGGCGGCUACUUCAGACGAUAUUUUAAGUCUGCUCAAGCCGGAAACUUUUAACUGGGCGGAUGAGGUCGAGCAGUCUGCUGAGCAAGAAGAGGAGGAUCAUAAAAAUGCUUCAAUGUUCUUUGUGGUAGACUCACUGGAGCAUUCAAAUCCUUCAGGCCCACCUGCCUCGUUGAACGAUCCCUUGGACACCAAGACGCUACAGGAGGGCAGCAGAUUGCAAGAUAUUGAUAUACAUUUGGACAACAUGCCACAGUAUCUAGCGUUGGCUCCAGCCAAAUCCCCAUUGAAAUUGGUGUCUUCCGAAGCGGCAAAGGAAAUGGCGCGACAAAUUGACUUGAUAAGGAACUAUCCCAACAUCCACCACUUCAACUGGCUUGGGGACGCCAUGAUGGAACGCAGCUACACUUCUCCAGAAAUAUCGUUAUUUGUCAUCGUCUCUCCGCCAAAGCCCUUAUAUUCGGAGCACUUAAUGCGGCAAGCAGUAACACUUUGGCAAGCAAUGAAAUUCGUGGACCCCAUCCUCUAUCGCGGUCGCUGGGAAGACUUGACCUUUUCUGGACACAGGUUGUUCAAGGCCGUCACCGGUCAAGCGUUCCAGUUGUACACGCCAGUUGGUACAUGGCAGCAUGAUGCUUCCGACCCUGACUUUCAAGAGCCGGUCGUUGACUCCUCAGAUAUGCAUUCCUAUGCUAGUGAGACAGGAAUUCCGCUUAACGGGUGGUUAAGCGUCCAUUUCGCGUUUACCCGUGAUGAAUACCUCGAUCAGGCCAAUAAACAUUCUGAGCCAAAGUCGAAGGAAAGACUAGAACGCCGGCCGUUUAGAAGGUCCCCCCUUCAGCAAUGCAUGGUGGCAGAUGACGCAGGCGACGCACCAUACAGCAAGGCAGAGACCAGCUGA